GCAGGUUACUAAAUCAUUCCCCACUUUCUCUCAAGUUCAGAAGCAGCCUGCCAGGCACUGAAGCCCAAAUGAAGCCCCCAGGCCCUGCCCGCGUCGGUGCCAUCAUGCUGGUCCUGCUCUCGCUGCUGGCUGUGCUCCAGACCACCGGUGCCCAAAAGAAUGCCAUCGACAUCUACAGCCUCACUGUGGACUCCAGGGUCUCCUCCCGGUUUGCCCACACGGUCAUCACCAGCAGGGUGGUCAACAGAGCAGAUUCCAUGCAGGAGGCCACCUUCCAGAUGGAGCUGCCCAAGAAAGCCUUCAUCACCAACUUCUCCAUGAUCAUCGACGGUGUGACGUACCCAGGGAACAUCAAGCAGAAGGAUGCAGCCCAGAAGCAGUACAGUGCGGCCGUGGCCAGGGGGGAGAGCGCUGGCCUCGUCAAGGCCAUUGGGAGAAAGAUGGAGCAGUUCCAGGUGUCGGUGAGUGUGGCCCCCGCUGCCAAGGUCACCUUCGAGCUGGUGUAUGAGGAGUUGCUCAAGCGGCGCCUGGGAGUGUAUGAGCUGCUGCUGAAAGUGCAGCCCCAGCAGCUGGUCAAGCACCUGCAGAUGGACAUUCACAUCUUUGAGCCUCAGGGCAUCAGCUUUCUGGAGACAGAGAGCACCUUCAUGACCAAUGAGCUUGCAGACGCCCUCACCGUCUCACAGAACCAGACCAAGGCUCACAUCCGAUUCAAGCCGACGCUCUCCCAGCAACAGAAGUCUACAGGGCAACAGGACACAGUCGUGGAUGGCGACUUCAUCAUCCGCUAUGAUGUGAACCGCACCCUCUCUGGAGGCUCCAUUCAGAUCGAGAAUGGCUACUUUGUGCACUACUUUGCCCCCGAGGGUCUCUCCACGAUACCCAAGAAUGUGAUCUUCGUCAUUGACACGAGUGGCUCCAUGAUGGGCAAGAAAAUCCGGCAGACGCGGGAAGCCCUCAUCAAGAUCCUAGAGGACCUCAGGCCCGAAGACCACUUCAAUCUCAUUAGCUUCAGCAGUGAAGCAACCCAGUGGAAGCCAUUGUUAGUGCCAGCUUCCACCCAGAACGUGGAGGAGGCCAAGCAAUAUGCUAACAGCAUCCAGGCCCAGGGAGGAACCAAUAUCAACAAUGCAAUGCUGAUGGCCGUGCAGCUGCUGGACACAGCCACCCGGGAGGAGCAGUUGCCCUCAGGGAGCGUCUCCCUCCUCCUCCUCCUCACUGAUGGCGACCCCACUGUGGGCGAGACCAACCCCACGAAGAUCCAGAAGAAUGUGCAGGAGGCCAUAGGCGGUCAGUACAGCCUCUUCUGCCUGGGCUUUGGCUUCGACGUCAGCUACGCCUUCCUGGAGAAGCUGGCGCUGGACAACGGCGGCCUGGCUCGGCGCAUCUACGAGGACUCGGACUCCGCCCUGCAGCUGCAGGACUUCUACCAGGAGGUGGCCAACCCCCUGCUGACCACAGUGACCUUCGAGUACCCAGGCAAUGCCGUGGAGGAGGUCACGCAGGACAACUUCCCGCUGUUCUUCAAGGGCUCCGAGAUGGUAGUGGCCGGGAAGCUCCGGGCCCAGAGCCCUGAUGUGCUCUCAGCCACAGUCAGCGGGCAGCUGCCCACGGAGAACAUCACCUUCCAAAUGGAGUCCCAGGUGGUGAAGCAGGAAGAGGAGUUUCAAAAGCCCAAGUACAUCUUCCACGGCUUCAUGGAGAGACUCUGGGCGUACCUGACCAUCCACCAACUCCUGGAGCGAAUGGUUUCCGCAUCCGAUGCCGAGAAGCAGGCCCUGGAGACCCAAGCUCUGGGCUUGUCGCUCAACUAUAGCUUUGUCACCCCCCUCACAUCCAUGGUGGUCACCAAACCUGAAGGCCAAGAACAGUCUCAAGUUGCUGAGAAGCCCGUGGAAAAUGGAAAGGUUCCCUCAGGUAAGGGCCAAAUACCCUCAAAGGCUGCCGUUGGUGACGUGUGGCUGGUUCAGGACCUCGGACCCCAGUCCCACAAAGUUGCUGGCCAGGGCGUCACCAGCCCAGCCUGCUGCGAGGAGGGGGCAUUGUCUGCCCAAGCACGUUGGUGCAUUUAUUCAGGUGUGUCCAUGCUGGAACUUUUGUUAGUGGCAGAAGAAACUUCAGAGGACAAGGCCAAGACUGCAGGUGUCAACUUUUCUAAAGCUGGAGUUUCGCUGUACGCUCGAGUUCAUGACGUGCCCAUCAGGAAAUCUGGACCACCUGGAUUUCUUAUUCCUUCUGAUGUUCAGCUCAUAUCUGAGAGAAAUCCGGAUCUGUGGAUAUCGGGCAGGAUGGCAUCUUCCUCCUCCUCCGGUCCCGCUGUGGUGUUUGAUCACCUGGAUGAAACAGUGGAAGAUGUUCUACCUGCCCCAAGAACCGCAUCUGCUGCCCCAGCCCCCAUCCAGGCUCCGACCUUCAUCCUGCCUCUGCCUGGGCAGAGCGUGGACCAGCUCUGUGUGGACAUUAAGCGCACCCGUGGGCCAUUAUUACUCCUGCUCUCAGACCCUGACCAAGGUCUCGAGGUGACUGGCGAGUAUAAGAUGGAGAAGGCCCAGUUCUCAUGGAUCGAGGUGACUUUCAAGAAUCCCCAGCUGCAGGUCCACGUGUCCCCUGAGCACGUGGUAGUUACUAGGGACCGAAGAAGCUCUCAGUACAAAUGGAAGGAGACGCUGUUUGUGGUGAUGCCUGGCCUCAAGAUGACCAUGGACAAGGCGGGGCUCCUGCUGCUCAGCAGCCCAGACAGAGUGACCAUCGGCCUGCUGUCCUGGGACGGCCCUGGGCGGGGGCCUUGGCUGCUCCUGCGGGACACUGACCGCUUCUCCAGCCACGUCGGCGGCCUCCUUGGCCGCUUUUACCAGGGCGUUACCUGGGGGCCCCCAGAUGCCACAGAUGACAGCAAGCGAACACUGUGGACUCGGGGGUUUGAGUUCAAUGCCACCAGAAAGCUCAAGCUGGAUUACCAAGAGGGGACCCCGGGAACAGAGAUUUCCUGCUGGUCUAUCGAGCUCUGAUUCUGAUGGCAGGAGUUAUACCCCCCGCCCACCCCAUGCCACCCCACUGUGUGCAGAUGGCUGUCAUCCUGUGACCACAGCCACCUGUGGGGUCUCAACCAUGAUGGGGAGGGGAGUUCCACUUAUUACAAAUAAAGGCAGGUACUUUAAACUCA